AACUAAUAAGGGUGGAUGGAAAGGUGCAUAAUGGUCUCUUAUGGUCAACUUUUCCUUUGUUGUUUGUUUGCAUGUUCGAGCUAGUUUGUAUGCAUUUGCAACUGAAGUUUCAAACAAAUAUCACCAAGCCUUGUCUUCGUUGGAAUUCCAACUUAGGUUCUCUUAUUACUUGAAUCUUCGGGUACUAGACCAUCUAAUAUUGUGGGUUUAUUCACUACAUGACUUCUGUCUUUGUACUGUUCCAAUUAUUUGAACGUCCCAUUCCUACACGAUUGAAUGUAUAGGAGAAUUAGUGUUCUUGAUACUUUGCUUGGAUCCUGAGCUUGAUAACAGUAAAAGAGUGAGCGAAAAAAGAUGGAAGACCAAAUUCAUUAUCCAAUAAGUUGCCAAAGAAUAAAGGUUAAAAACUUGGGCUGUUGGGCAUCACAAAGAAUCCACUUUUUUACCAGCGUCACAUUUGGACAUGGUAUCCUUUUCUUUUUCUCAAUUCUGCUACCGCAAUCGAUCUUUUAUUUAUUUCCAUUUUGUAAUAUAUAAUAUGAAACCAAGAUAAAGAACAACAACAAACAAACCGUGUAGCAAUGAAAAUUUAAUUAUAUAUUAAGUUAGCAGACCCUUUGAUGAUGAAGAUUCAUAUAAUUUUGACUUGUUUGAGAUUGAGAUGAAGCUAUUUAGUUGUUGUUACAUCCAUAACUCUUUCUGAUACAUAUAUAGUUAUGAGUUCUAACUCUUUCUGAUACAUAUGUAGUUUAUGAGUUUUAGAUUUUAGUCUUUUACCGUUAUUAUGUUAUAAAUUUCAUAAUUUGUGCCCAAAAUGGCAAAGGUAAAGCUAGGAUUGAAACUUAUGAGUUCAUGAUUCUAGUCUCUUGAAAUUAUGAGUUCUAAAUUAAUAAUUUGUACACAAGGACGGAGCUACCCUUUCCGGGGUGUGUCAAGCGACACCCAUUCCUCUGAAAAUAUUAUAUAAAUUGGUCAAAGUUUUGUUUCAUAGGUAUAUUAUCAGUGGUGACACCUUUUGGCACAAGUUGAAGGUUCUGCGCAGUGGUUAAGGUGUGGCAAAUUUUUCUUAAGGUCAUGUGUUCGAAGCUAUUGAGUUCAGCGGAACUCAUAACCGAAACGCUUGCUCCACGGGGCCACUUUUCGAAUGAAAUCAUUACAAAAUAUUGCGUGCGAAUACGAGAACGUGUGGGACAGUGAACAGCUAAUGGUUUCAGCAGAAGACAAAAUUUGCUAUUGAAGGGUUACCACUUAACAUGCAAAAAAUAAAAAGAAGAGAAAAAAUGGUACACAAAAUGAUUAGGCCAAACUCCAAAGUACCAAAUCCAGACCACUUAAGUAGGAACAGACCUCUACCUUACAUUCCAAGUGAUCUCAAAAUUUCCCAACUAAAAAAAAGAGAACAUGAAACAAACAGAAUCAGAAAAGGCAAAGGCAAGGAAGCUUUUCAAAUAUAAAAUGAAUUGACUGAUGCUGUAUUUGCUUUAAUAUAAUAGUGCUAACUACUACUAAAUGAUAUGAAGAUGAAUAAUACUUGUAAAGAUUUGCUUCAGAGAACAGGGGUUUUAUAUGAUGAGAUUAGUGAUAGAAUUCGUUACGAAGAAAUUAAUUUCUGUAAACAUUGCGCUGAUCAUGGUCGUUUUUGCGGAAUUAAAGACGCUAUGAUGGAAGAGAAGGAGAAAUUGAUUGCAAUUCAAGACUCAUUGAAGGAUCUUCAGAACAUGCUCCAGUUCUACCAGAUGUUAGAGUCUCGGCAGGAGAGACUUCACAACGGAGCACUUUUCCGUCUGGAAGCAAGCAGAAUGCUACUGAUAGACAAAUUAAAUAAGUACCCAACGUGGGGAAGGAAACUAGAAGUGAUUGAAAAACUAAAAGAAUAUUUUGGUCAAGAAAAAGUUGCAUUAUUUUCUGAGGAGUUGGCAAAAACAGAACAGAAACAGAGUGAAGAUGAGAAAGAAAAGAAGAAUAGUUCAUGUUUCUUGGUCAUUUGCAUAAGACGUUUAUUCAAUCCAUGGAAUUGGUAUCGUACCACAAGAAUUGCUGCCAUAGCAUUGAUUAUUAACUUGUACAGGAAUAGGUUGCAAAAUAAGAACAACAAAAUGCCUGUUCCAAGACUGAAGAUUGACUAUUCAGAUAGCCAAUUGGCUGUUUCAUUAGGAAAGGGAUGAUCAUAACGAAUACCUAGUCGAUACGGUAAUCUAAAUAAAUAUUGAAUGUUGUUAGAUAAUGUACACACGAGGCGUAUGGAUACCUAGGUAGUCAAUUGGACUAGGGAUGGAACGAGUGGUGUGUGUGGUUUGUUAUUCCGGGUACGAAAAAUAAAUCUGUAUAUUUCAAUCAAACUUCAAUAUAAGUUCAAGAACAACUUUCAAGAA